AUGUAUCAGAGCGGCGACUUGAAAACCCUAUUCUAUCAUGGAAGCUCUGACCUCGAUUCAUCCAAGGUUACAAAUCGAUCAGGUACUGAUAAAAGCGGCCAGUCAUCACUGGAACGUCCCGAACGUCCUGAACGUCCUGAACGUCCUGAACGCUUGCCAUACGCGAAGAAGCUCAGCUCUCAUGAGCCAUUGAGCAGCGUCGCUCAUUACGACAGUCAUCCAGUAACAUCGUCCCCGUUCUUAAAUCUCAGUGAGAACUUUGAACCGCUAUUAACUCCUAAAUCGGAGGCAUUGAUCCAGAAGCGCGUUUGGAGAGACCAGAAAGCUUCCCCGAGUCGCCGAAGAGUUUCAGAACCGCUGGCACAGAAACCCCCACUUUUCUGGGGGUCAGGUACGUAUGGCUUUGGUUCGUAUUAG